CGCCGCUCCACACACACACACCCAAUUCUUCAUUCUUUUCCCCUGGUUUCCCUCCUCUUUCUGCCUGCGCUUUUGUCUCUCUUGUGCCGCUCUCCAAGAAACCAAUCCAUCCAUCCAUCCGCCCGCCUGCACAAGGAAUCGAUCCAGACUCGCCGCCGGCUCGGCUCGAUCCCUCGCGCCGCCAUCGCCUUUCCGCCCCAACGGGCCGGGACGCCGCUGCCGAGGGCGACGCGUGGCAGGCAGGCAGGCACAGCAAGCGCGCCGCUUCACCGACGUCUGCGCCGCCUGCCCCUGGCUGGGGUUGGCGGAAUGCGUCAGCUGUAGAGGACGGCCACGGCACCUUUUCAGCCUUUUUCCUCGUCUCCUCUCCUUCCUUCUCUCGGGCUCGAUCGGUAGCGUCUGCGGCUGCUGUGUUCCAGCAGUUCAGCCUCCGGCAGCGCCUGCUCCACAAACAGUUGGCACUCGUGUCUCCUGUGCUCCACGGGUCAAGGGGGGCUGGCCAAUCCAUCCGCCCAUCCAAGAAAUCGUUCAUCCCCAGAAGACAAAGCGAUCCACUUGGAUACUAGAUAGGCCCUGUCCUUGCAGUGUCGCGUCCCCUCUCGAUUCCCGCGACAGGUCGCAGUGAAUCAGCGGCCUUUGAAGUGAAGACCCCUGCUGUUCACCGAUCCGACGAAGGCAGCACUCGGGCACUGCUGCUUCCCAUUUGCCGAACUCGGUCUAGCGCAGUUUCUGCGGCGGAGGAGUAGGGGAAGACGGUGAAAUUCUGCUUCUCUCUCGUUGGUUCUGUGGACUAAAUGAGACCUGCAAGAGCUAAAAGUGGCAAUGAUUGACGUUCAGAUGAGUCCAUUUGUGCUGGCUGUGGUGAGCAUUGCAUUUCUCAACUUGUGGUUCCUGCAAGCUCAUGGAAGUGAAUUGCUUCUGAGCUGUGGCUCGAACGGCACUGUUGAUGCUGAUGGGCGGAGAUGGAUCGGUGACAUAACCCCUGAGGGCAAUUUUACCUUGAGCAGCCCUGGGAUUGCCGCGUCACAGGUUGGGAAGAGCAAUUCCGAUGAAAUAUUCGGACCGCUUUACAGUUCUGCCCGUUUCUUUGACGCAGCAACUUGGUAUACCAUUAGUGUGCUGCCUGGAAGUUACUGUGUCAGAUUGCAUUUCUUCCCUUCAACAUUCGGGAAUUUCAGUGCAAACAAUUCUGUGUUUGAUGUCACAGCAAAUGAUUUCAAGCUUGUUUCAAAAUUCAAUGUGUCAGAGGAGAUUGCUUGGAGAGCCUCUGUGAGCAAUUCAGUCAUCAGUGCAGUUGUCAAGGAGUACUUUCUUGUAGUUGGUGCUCAUGGCCUGAAUAUUGAGUUUGAUCCAAGACCUGGGUCAUUUGCCUUUGUGAAUGCAAUUGAGGUCAUGCUGGCUCCAGAUAAUUUGUUCAAUGAUACAGUGAGCAAAGUUGGUGGUGCAGGCGUGCAGCUUCCGCUUGGCUUGCGCGGUAGAGGUGUUGAGACAAUGUACCGGCUGAACAUUGGAGGUCCUGCACUUAAAUCGGCCAGUGAUCAGUAUCUCCAUAGGCCAUGGUACACUGAUGAAGCAUUCAUGUUUUCUACAAAUGCUGCUCAGACUGUGUCUAAUGUUUCAAGCAUAAUGUAUGUAUCAAGCAACGACUCAUCAGUUGCACCGAUUGAUGUUUACGAGACUGCAAGAAUCAUGAGCAAUAACAUGGUUGUGGACAAGCGGUUUAACGUGUCAUGGCGAUUCUAUGUCCACCCAAACUUUGAUUACUUAGUCCGCCUUCAUUUCUGUGAGCUUGUCUAUGACAAGCCCAGCCAGAGGAUCUUCAAGAUCUACAUCAAUAACAAGACUGCUGCUGAGAACUAUGAUGUAUAUGCGAGGGCUGCGGGAAUUAAUAAAGCAUAUCAUGAGGACUUCUUUGACAACUCAACACAGCAGGCAGACUCACUUUGGCUUCAGCUAGGCCCUGAUUCCAUGACCAGUGCCUCAGGUACUGAUGCACUUCUGAAUGGUUUGGAGAUAUUCAAGCUCAGCAAGGAUUCCGACCUUUCUUACGUGCUUGGUCAUAUUGACACGGGCAACCAAAGGAGUUCUUCAAAAGGGGGAAAGAAUAAAGGUCUAUGGGAAGAAGUUGGUAUUGGCUCAGCAUCUUUAGUUGCAGUUACAAGCGUUGUUCUGUUCUCUUGGUGUUAUAUAAGAAAGAAACAAAAAGCUGUUAAGAAGGAGGCCCCUCUCGGGUGGCAUCCGUUGGUUCUCCAUGAGACUAUGAAAAGCACUACAGAUGCUCGUGCAACCAGUAAAUCAUCCUUGGCACGAAAUGCCUCUAACAUCGGUCAUAGGAUGGGAAGAAGAUUCGGCAUUGCAGAGAUUAGGGCUGCCACGAAGAAUUUUGAUGAGUCCUUAAUCAUUGGAACUGGAGGAUUUGGAAAGGUAUACAAAGGUGAGCUCGAUGAGGGCACUACAGUGGCUAUCAAGCGUGCUAAUACACUAUGUGGCCAGGGUCUGAAAGAAUUUGAAACAGAGAUUGAGAUGCUUUCCAAGCUUCGGCAUCGGCACCUUGUUGCAAUGAUUGGCUACUGUGAAGAGCAGAAAGAGAUGAUUCUGGUGUAUGAAUACAUGGCUAAGGGGACACUGAGAAGCCAUCUCUAUGGGAGCAACCUUCCUCCUCUGACAUGGAAGCAACGGAUCGAUGCAUGCAUUGGUGCCGCCCGUGGCCUUCACUACCUCCACACAGGAGCGGACCGAGGUAUAAUCCACAGGGAUGUAAAGACCACUAACAUCCUGUUGGACGAGAAUUUUGUUGCAAAAAUAGCAGACUUUGGGCUGUCCAAAACUGGACCAACGCUCGACCACACCCAUGUUAGUACUGCAGUCAGGGGAAGCUUUGGAUACCUAGAUCCAGAGUACUUCCGGAGGCAGCAACUCACACAAAAAUCCGAUGUGUAUUCUUUUGGAGUGGUGCUCUUUGAAGUUGCUUGUGCAAGGCCUGUGAUAGAUCCCACAUUGCCAAAGGAUCAAAUCAACUUGGCAGAGUGGGCGAUGAGGUGGCAGCGCCAGCGUUCGCUGGAAGCAAUCAUGGAUCCUCGUCUGGAUGGCGACUUCUCAUCAGAAUCACUGAAGAAGUUUGGUGAAAUUGCAGAGAAAUGUCUCGCUGAUGAUGGGAGAAGCAGGCCAUCAAUGGGCGAGGUCCUGUGGCAUCUUGAGUAUGUGCUGCAGCUCCAUGAAGCUUACAAGCGAAAUGUAGAGUCUGAAUCAUUUGGAAGCGGUGAGUUGGGAUUCGCUGAUAUAUCCUUUAGCCUCCCUCACAUCAGAGAGGGGGAAGAGGAACGCCACUCUAAGCCAUCAAGUAUCAGAGAGGAACUAGACACAUGAGAACUUCUGACUUCAGCAAAACUCACUGAAAAAUCUUGCUUUGUAGCCAUGAUCUUGAUGUAAAGUUGUGUUAUAUUGUUCUCUUAGUUUUUUUUAGCUGUCAGUUGCUUCUUAUUCCUUUGGGCAUUCUCCUGCUUGACAAGUGUAGAAUAAUAGUGUUUUCUUUUCUUGUGUAGAUUACCAAACCCCGCCCAAAAAAAAGACACAGAAGUGUCAAGAUUUUCCUUGACAUCUGUAUCAUGAAAUCUGCAUAACCACCGUCCAUGUACUGCUACCUGAGUGACCUGUAUAAAUGGCACUGAUAACUAUAGUGGAUAUCUUUGAAGAUAUAUUGUUGA